UCGUUUUCUCCGGUGAUGUUGAUGACGUCACGUUGUGUAAGGCACGAGCAGCACUCUGUUAAUUUGCAUGUGAGUAAGACUACAACUAUCGAAUUCAUCAUCAUGUCAAAGCGUGACAAAGGAGGAGAGGAUCCUGGAGGGUCAGGAGAUGUACCAACCAAGAAGAUAAAGCAUGUAGGAGGGAAUAGAUGUGUUCUUUAUGGAUGCAGCAACACAAUGUACAAUGGAUUUGCUAUCCAUGAAAUGCCAAAGCAGGGAUCAAUCAGACGAGCAUGGAUCAAUUUUAUCCAGCUGAGGCUAAAAGGAUUUCAUGCAAACGAGAGGGCCCGUGUUCAUGUAUGCAGUGGGCACUUUCAGAGGGAACAAUACGACCAGUCACAAGUGAUGCAAUAUCAGUAUGGCUACAGAAAGCUUCCGCCCCGUCUGCUCCCAAAUGCUGUCCCCAGACUUCACCAAGCUGUACAGCCAUUCCCUGCGGACUGGUUCAUCAAGGAGUCUAUUCCUCCGGCAGAGCCAACACCGACCACAUCUACUCUCACAGUGGCAUCAUGUAGAAGUUCCGACACCAGUACCGUGCAUUCUAGUUCUACCAACAUGACAGUUGCGUUUCUACGCAGUGAGAAGUCAAAUACAAGUACUAGGAAGGAAAAUGAAAUCAAAGACCCUCGGCCAGUCACAUUAGCUGAUGCAAGUACUUGUAUGUCUCCUACGCUGCCCAGUACUGGUGGAAGCAAGCGGAGAACAUCUUUGUUCAGUAGGAAGAAGGAGGUCUGUAGAAUAGCAGAAGAAUAUGCAAGGAAGGAGGAGGAAGAAGCAGCACGAGAAGCAGCAGCACAACAAGCUAGGAGGGAGCAAGAGAACACUAAGGCUGUUCAGGUUCAGUUGUUUCCCGAUAUGGUUGAUAAGCAGUUUCAAAAGAAACCAAAGACGAGGACUUGUGCUGUGCAGGUAAAGCCUGCCAAACCUCCAAAACCUAUCAAGCCUGUUACGAAAGAGAAAGGUGAGUAG